CCCCUCCCCUCCUUAACCAAUUUUGGUUACCACAUUUAUCCUGAUGACACCCAAGUUUUUGCCAAUAUUUGCCUUUGCCAGGAUGAGCCAAUGCACCCGGAUUUGAUUUGGGUUUUUUGUUUGAUUAUUGAGAUUCUCUGAUGCUUUAGAGGGGCAUACCUCACUAAUUUUCCCUGAUAACACCAAGUUUUUUGCCAAUACCUUGCCAGGAUGAGCUAAAGAACCCGGAUUUGACACAGUUCUUUUGGUUUCGCACAGGGGUUUGAUUGAUUUUCGAGAUUCUGAUGCAUUAGAGUGGCACUAGAGUCUAAAAGCUAUGUCCAAAUGUCAAACUUCAGAAUCUAAAUUUGGGUAUUAUUUUCUGCUUGAUGAGACAGUGUUUCCAAGUUCCAGGCUUUAACAAUGGUUGAGUGUAAGCUGACCAUGAGAGUCUUGAGAAUACAGAUUGAUCAAGGAUUUGGGUUUACCUAGAGAGAGAGAGAGAGAGAGAGAGAGAGUGAGAGAGAGAGAGAAUAAAUCUGAGAAAAAUCCUGGGUUGGCCUCCUAGACAGCUAGGCCCAAAACAGUCAUUGGACAGGCGGGUGCCCCUAGGAAAAACUAGUUAACAGGGUAAGCCAACAAGCAAGCAAAGCUCAACGGAAAAAAGAAGAAAGGGAAAGCAAAGACAGAAAGAAAGAGAGAGAGAGAGAGGAAAGGAUCAAAGGAACAGGCAGGGUAGUGAGUUUGAGGAGAGUGUGAGGAAGUGUGGGUCAUUGUAAUUCUGCGCCGAGAUUUUCUUUUUCCUUUUUCUUUUUGCUGAUUUUUGCCGUUGCACCCUCCAUCAUUCUCUUUCUCUUUCUUCCCUCGCACUGUCCGUUGGAACCAAACAGUUUUCACACGCCCAAUCUCCCAAAAAAAGAAAAGAAAAACUCUCUUUCUCUCUCAUUUUUCCAUUUUUUUUUUGUUUGCUUUCACUGAAGCUAAUAAUAUGAGCAGAGUGCUCAUUUCAUACUACUACCGGUUAUGAAUCCCAACGUGGAGCCACCACCACCACCACCAGCAUUAGCACCGCCGCCACAACCGCCGCAACCCCAUCGUCCUUCCACGUCCUGUGACCGACACCCUGAAGAGCAUUUCACUGGCUUUUGCCCCUCAUGCCUCUGCGAGCGUCUCGCUGUUCUCGAGCCUUCUUCUUCUUCUUCUUCUCGGAAACCCCCCAUCGCCGCCACUACUUCCACCGCCACCGCUGCACUUAAAGCCAUUUUCAAGCCUUCCGGAGGAGGUGGUACUCGACCCGGGUUUUUCCCCGAGCUUCGGCGGACAAAGUCCUUUUCGGCCUCCAAGAACGAGGGUUUCUCCGGGGUUUUUGAGCCUCAGAGGAAAUCUUGUGACGUUAGGGUUCGAAACACGCUUUGGUCACUCUUUUAUCAAGACGACGAGAGGAACCCAUAUAAGAAAGAAGCUGCUGGAAACGGAAGGUCUUCUGAAAUUGUUGAAGUUGAAGCUCGAAAUUUGGGUUCUUCUUCAAGUGUCGUACAAGGCCCUGUCUUUGAAAGCAAAGAAGAAGACCAAACUGAGAGUGAAACCGAUCACGAAGACGACAUAGAGAUCAUAGAGGAACAACAACCCAAUGUGGCUGUUACUACUGGGAGUUUAAUCGAAGAGAAAGUAGAAGAAAUUGUGGAAGAAUACGAAAAGGAACUGCGUCAAGAAGAGGAGCUGAAGCCCAUGAAGGAUCAUAUAGAUCUUGAUUCGCAAACAAAGAAGGCUUCCGGAAGAGAUUUUAAGGAGAUUGCCGGGAGUUUCUGGUCAGCUGCUUCAGUUUUCAGCAAGAAAUUGCAAAAAUGGAGGCAAAAGCAGAAGCUUAAAAAGAGGAGUAAUGGAGGUGGUUCAGCGAGAUUGCCAGUGGAGAAGCCGAUUGGGAGGCAAUACAGAGAAACCCAGUCGGAAAUUGCGGAUUAUGGGUUCGGGAGAAGGUCUUGUGAUACGGAUCCAAGGUUUUCACUUGAUGCUGGGAGGAUGUCGUUUGAUGCAGCAAGGAUAUCGUUUGAUGAUCCAAGAUAUUCCUUUGAUGAACCAAGAGCUUCUUGGGAUGGGUAUUUGAUUGGGAGAACUUUUCCAAGAAUGCCCACAAUGGUUUCUGUUGUGGAAGAUGCUCCAGUUCAUCAUGUCAUGAGGUCUGAUACACAAAUCCCUGUGGAGGAUCCGCCGGCUAUGAAUUCUAUUAAUGAGGAUGAAUCUGUUCCUGGAGGGUCAGCUCAGACAAGGGAUUAUUAUUCUGAUUCUUCUUCAAGGAGACGAAAGAGUCUUGAUAGGUCCAAUUCUAUUAGGAAGACUGCUGCAGCUGUAGUAGCUGAGAUUGAUGAAAUGAAGUCGGUUUCCAAUGCAAAGGUUUCUCCUGCAACUGUUGAUUACAUCCAUGGACCUAAACUUGUGCCGGACAGGGAUUCCAGGGAUUCAAACUCGAAUUCUUUGAGGGAUGAUUAUUCUGAGACUUUUGAGAUUGGCUUCAGAGACAGUGCGUCUGUGAUUGGGAAUGGGGAACGGAAAGGGUCGUCUAAGAAGUCACGGAGGUGGAGUAAAGCAUGGAACAUUUGGGGCUUUAUUCACAGGAGGAGUGUUAACAAAGAUGAGGAUGAAGAUAGGUAUAGUAGAGCUAAUGGUGUGGAGAGGUCGUACUCAGAAUCUUGGCCUGAGUUGAGAGGGGAACGGAAUGGAGAUGUCAGGGGGGGUUUCAAUCCAAAGGUUUUGAGGAGCAAUAGCAGCGUAAGCUGGAGGAAUUCGAGCAGUUUUGGUGGGUCGUUUGGUGGUGCAAGGAAGAACCAUGCGGACACAAAUGGGCAUAGUAAGAAGAAGAGAGAUGAGUUUGGCUUGGAGAGGAAUAGGAGUGCAAGAUAUUCACCAAAUAACAUUGAAAAUGGACUGUUAAGGUUCUACUUGACGCCGCUGAGGAGCAGCCGGAGAGGUGGGUCAGGCAAAAGCAGGGCAAGCCAUGCACAUUCUAUUGCGAGGAGCGUACUGAGGUUGUACUGAAUUUGAGAUUCACAAGGUGUUUCUUUUGGUUUAAUGUUGUUAAUUUUGCUGCAUUUGUUGUGUAACCACACAUUGCCUAUGUAUUCUUGCUGGUUGGUUGGAUAAAAAAAGCACCCUAAAAUUGUUGCCUUUCUUGUGAGUGGCAUGCUUCUUUCCACUAUUCAAAUAACAAAAUUUUCUGUGUUUCUUGUUUC